CUCCGCCUCUUGCCCCGGAAGUACUCGCCUGAGGCGGCGGGUUCUGGUUCUCUCGGGGAGCAGCACUUCCUUUUUAUCCGACAUCUUAGCGAGGCUGUAGUGGUUACCACUGCUCUCGGAGCUUCGCCAUGCCGCCCAAGGACGACAAGAAGAAGAAGGACGCCGGGAAAUCGGCUAAGAAAGACAAGGACCCAGUAAACAAGUCUGGGGGCAAGGCCAAAAAGAAGAAGUGGUCCAAAGGCAAAGUUCGGGACAAGCUCAACAACCUGGUCCUGUUUGACAAGGCUACAUACGACAAACUCUGUAAGGAAGUUCCCAACUAUAAACUUAUUACCCCAGCCGUGGUCUCUGAGAGACUGAAGAUUCGAGGUUCCCUGGCCAGGGCAGCCCUUCAGGAGCUCCUUAGUAAAGGACUUAUCAAACUGGUUUCAAAACACAGAGCCCAAGUAAUUUACACCAGAAACACAAAGGGUGGCGAUGCCCCAGCUGCUGGUGAAGAUGCCUAAAUAGGUUCAAUCAACUGUACAUUUGGAAAAAUAAAACUUUAUUAAAUCAAA